AUGGUCGUGGCUAGUGGUCGUCACUCGGCGCUCGCUCUGGGCGGGCGUCUGAUCCAGCGUCAGUCGGUUGCGCUCACCAAGACGACGCAGACGCGCUCGUUCUACACGGUGUUUGAGAAGUAUCUGGAGGCGAACAAGCGCUACGGCUGGAAGGGCACGUUAUGGAAACUGUACAACCCAGGUGACGUCAAGUUCGGACGCUUCGUGGGCGAGGAUGAGAACGGAUUCAAGUACUAUGAGGACCCUACCGAAGUCUACGGACAGCACCGCUGGACUGAGUACAAGGUGGACUCGUGGGAUGAGGUGGAAGGUACGCUUAUCUCUCCCCAAUGGCACCUGUGGAUGCACCACGUGACGGACUCGAUCCCUGGCGAGGGCGGCCAGCUCCCGGAGAACUGGGAGAAGCGCGAGACUGUGGCGCACUCGGACGCACCCUUCGUUAACCACCUGGGCAAGAACGUGCCGUACUACCCCAACAAGACGCUCUACCGUUCGCGUGGUUACAACGUGGGAAGUCUGGCCAUCAAUGCCGACGAGCCUGACCAGUACUACCUGCAGCCCGGACACCUGCGCCGCACACGUAAGCGCAAGGCGCACUACUUUGCCGACGUGGACUACAACAACCCGGAGAACUCGGAUGAAAGCUUCGUGGAUUCGCUGCGUCCCGCCGACAUCAACUAA